UUUUUGUUUCCUCAUCAACAUCAACAACUCUGUUUGUGUGUGCUGUGUUCUUAAUUCUUCUUGGCGUUAACAAUUUUGGAGUUUUCCGCCACACAUGUCUACGACCAGCCUACGAGUGAGGGACAACAUUGAACUUGAUGAAACUGAGGAGAGAAUUUUCAAAUUGUUGUUCAGGAUGAUUGAGCAUUGUAACCUGAAGACGGAGCUUCGCGUCGCCGGUGGAUGGGUCCGGGAUAAGCUUCUGGGACAAGAGUGCAAGGACAUUGACAUUGCUUUGGAAAAUAUGACCGGCAAAGACUUUGCUGAGAAUGUCCAAAAGUACAUGACCUCUGUGGGUGAAAAAGCUCAAGGAAUUGCUGUGAUUGGAAGCAAUCCGAAGCAAUCAAAGCACUUGGAAACGGCGAGGAUGCGCAUUUUUGGAUUGUGGAUUGAUUUUGUGAACUUGCGUUGUGAAGAGUAUAGUGACAACAGUCGCAUUCCUAGUGACCAAAAAUUUGGCACACCGGAACAAGAUGCAAUGAGGAGGGAUCUGACUAUCAAUAGCUUGUUCUACAAUGUUAAUACUAAAUCAGUUGAGGAUUGGACUGAUAGAGGAAUUAAUGAUUUGAAAUCCGGGAUAAUUGUGACUCCUCUACCACCAAUGGAGACCUUGUUGGAGGAUCCGCUACGAGGUCUUCGAGCUAUCCGGAUUUGCGCAAAGCUAGAUGGAUUCAUACUAGAUGAAGGACUAAAGGAAGCUGCUGCAAGUGAUGAAGUGAGAGCUGCAUUUGCUACUAAAAUCAGCAGAGAGCGAAUCGGAGCUGAAAUUGAUCUCAUGAUCUGUGGCAAUCAUCCUGCCCGAGCUAUGAAGGAUAUGUGUUACUUGAAGUGGUUUUGGGAUGUCUUCAGUCUUCACCCUCAGUGUGAGCCACCAUCGGAAGGAUGCGACAGGGCUUGUGUAGCUUACUUGGAUUGUGUAUGUAGCCUUGUUCCGGUAAUUGGGCGCACUACUUUUGAUGAUGAACAGAGAAGGCUCUCUUAUUAUGCUGCUAUGUUCCUCCCACUUAGGAAGAACAUGUACAGGGAUGAGAAAGGUAAAGUUUUUCCUGUGGUGAAUUACAUUUUCAGAUACUCCCUUAAGCAAAAAGUCAGUGAUGCUGAAAGUGUUAUGAAGAUACACUAUGCAUUUGAGAAGUUCUUACCUUUGCUUCCUCACUUUGGAUCCAAUGGAGCUGAUGUUCAACAAGCUGAAGAUGAUUUGGGAAUUGGAGAAUAUGUUGAUGAUGUCUCUGUUACUUCAAAAGAAUCAAAACUCCGAGUAUUGACAGGAUUUCUCUUGCGAGAAGUAAAAGAUUUUUGGCGAGUUGCUUUGCUCAUUUGUUGUGCGCAAGAUCCUUUGGACAAGAACUUCACACUAGAAGAUCGAAGAGCAUUGUUUAGACAAGUUGAAAGGGCCAUAGUUGAUGAUUUAGGUCUUGACAAAGUCUGGGAUGUAAAGCCAUUACUUGAUGGAAAGGCUAUCAUAACAAAUUUGCAGCUUAUAUCUGGAGGACCAGCUGUCAGUAAAUGGCAAAGGAAAGUACUUGCAUGGCAGCUAGCUCAUCCUUCCGGGACUGCAGAGGAAUGCACAGAGUGGAUGAUGGAAACUCAUUCUUCAAAUUACAAUUAAAACUUUAAUAUCAGCAUGUUAUUAGUCGACACUAAAAAUGUACAACUUCGAGUUCAAUGGUUCACUUCAACUUUUCAUAAGCAUGGCCACUUGGGUGAAGCAGAAUCAAACUCUUGAAGAAAGUGAUAUUAUUCUUUGGUGGUUGGUUUCUCCGAUUUAUUAUUGUAGUAGUGGUAGCUUGCCUUCUUAGAGUUGUAUGUAACUAUUUGAUAUGUAAAUGUUG